AAUAUGUAGUAUACGUAUAUUAGUAGCAUUAUGCUAACGUUAUUAAUGUUAACCUUUUGUAUCUCAUCCUAAUGAUUUUUUUAAUACUUUUUUUACUAAACGCAAUAUGUGACGCCGCUCCUGGACAUUAUGAGUGCGGUGUACACGGAAGGUUUGAGUAUUGCAUUGAUGAUUUUCCGGGCUGCAUCAUCGGUUGCCACUGCUACCCGGGCUAUUACUUCGAUACAGAGUCUAAGAUAUGCGAGCCCAACACUAAACUGACACAAGACUAUAGGCGCCAUAUGAUACCUGCUGGAUACACGUACGGACAGUCUCCCCCGCCAGUGGUAACUGCCAGCACCGAUGGACCCGCUCAAGAUAGCGACAACGGCGAGCUCAGCGACUGGCUCUACAACCAGUUCUUUAAAACGAUAGAAAGCCAAGUCGUCAACAAAACCGACGACGAGCCCUUGCAGACGGGGACGAGAAGGAGCGGUGCACCGAUAGAACCACUCCUCACACGAAGACAUAGUAGAAGAAGAAAGUCUAAAAAACGGCGCAGGUCGCGUAAAAGGGAUGAUGAAGAGGAUAGCGAGGAAGAUUCCAGCUCCGGUUCCGACUCGUCAGAAUCGGACUCCGAUGAAUCGAGAGGUGACCUGGGUAGCUGGGAGCGUUUCGAGUGGGGCCCGCGCCCGGGCGGACCCCCGGGUAAAGGGCCGCCGGAUGCCAGCAAGGACGGCGCCCACAGGCAGAUUGUCAUGUACAGCAAAAAGCCUAAACCACCGCUACCGUCAUUUAUUUUCUUACCAAAUAUGGGAACGGCAUUUUUCCCGCCGUUAGGACUACCCGCUGCGCCUAUGCCGAUGUACCCUAUGGUGCCCAUCCCUCCAAUCCCUCAGGUUCCACCGGAUCAUGAUCAAACUACUGUGGCGGCAUCAACGCAGCAGCCAACAACGGCUGCCCCGACUACGACAACGGGGGCGCCCAUGCCGUCACCAGCGCCGACGACGGGGGCGCCCACGCCGUCACCAGCGCCGACGACGGGGGCGCCGACUACACCGGCCACCACCGUGGCGACCGACGCGCCGCCCAACGCCAAGAAAGUCUUGCGAACUCACAAAUUGCUUAAUAAAUUCCGUCCUCCUUUUAACAGAAAUCUAAACAAACCACAAGCGAGACAAGUAUUCAAACCAUCACCGCUACCAUCUAUGUCACCUAUGGACUAUCAUAUGAAGCAAUACGCCCACGAAGACAACUAUUACGAUGAUAUGUUUAUGGGAGACAAUAAUUUCCUCCUCGAAUCAGGUGACAAAAUGGACGCCGGCCCUGACUUCAAAUAUAUAAGUGAGCUUAUUCAUAGGAAUGAAAGCAAUAAAAGCACAUCAAAACCGCCGAAUAUACUAAAUCCUCAGAAACAUGAACAAUUCAAAGGCUUGAAGCCUCCUAUACCUAAGAGAAGACACCCCAUCACGCCAAGUCGCCUCGACUAUUCUACCCGACGUCGAUUCGACUCUAAAAGAAACGAAGAAGACGACUCUUAUUACAGUACGUUAGGAAAACAAAUAGCAAAACUUAUUAGAGGAUUGGAUUCUGCAGAUGUCCUUAGAGCUGACAUCAAAAUUGAACCAACUGAGGAUCCUAAAACUGCACAUCCUUUUUUCAGUGAGAGUAGUUACGCGGCGCGCACUUACUGGGAAAGAUUUGUACGAUCUCCACUGAGUUUGAGAUUGAAAAAUUUCACAAAAUACGAAGAUUUGAUAGCCAGCAAUGAAAAUUUGUUUAAACUGGAAAACCAGGUCCAGGAAGCAACGUCCGCGCCGGGUUUGAGUUGGUUAGAACUUGAAAAUGUUAUCAAUACAAUGGGGGCAAUACGAAAUCAGAUACAUGGCGGAACGUUAAAGAACGAUUAUGAUACGUUGUCCAACGCCAGCCUUAAUGUUAGCCUGCUGCCGCGGUUUACUGCAAAAAGUUUCGUAUCCCAGAAACCGAAAAUAAAAACUAACGAUCACAUGCUUUUUGCAGAGUUCGAGGAUGUUAUUGGCAAAUUAACCAGGUCUAAUAAACAUCAAAAGUUAUCAAAAAAAGAGUUUAAAGAUAAAACGGAAGAACUUAACAAACAAUCUAAAAAUGGAACAAACAUGACUUUAGUAAAUAAAGUACCCGGACCCAUUCACCCUAACACAAACAUUCAUGUUCUGCGCAGUUUUGUUUCCACACUAAAACCAAUGUUUUUAACUUCGCGUAAAAAAGGUGCAAAAGACGCCAUAGUACAAGUAAAAAAGGAUCACAACAACGAUAAAAUGGAUUAUUUCAAUGAGAUUAAUAAUAAACCUCAUGUGUUUCAGGCAUCCACUUACGUAAGGUCGAAUAAGUAUUUCUUUGACAGUGGCACCAACACCGAUUAUCAGUUCGAAAAUUGGGCUAUGGGUUAG